GGGACACCACGGCGAGUCAUCUCAGUUGCAAAGCGCUUUCCGUCGGCGAAGCGUCUUCCUCUUACAACUGUUCUUUCGCACAGAACAAGUGCAUUUUUCGACCGCAGUUGGUAGAAAUUUUAUUGCGAAAAGUAUUAUAUCAGCCAGGGUUUGAACCUAGACCUACACUCUAUACACUCCCUACACUCCUCCCAACACUUAACGCGGGCGUCUGUUCUUUUCAACAUUUUCAUCAUCGACCCCGCGGAUAUUUCCGAGUGUAUGUACUAUAUAUCUUUGGCACAUGCUAUCAACUUAAGUGUAUCGGUCUCUGGGAUCAGGAUUUAUUCGGUGCGUCAAGGUUACAGACUGCAAGAACAGGAAAGAUCUGGCACGCGAAAUUCAAAUGCGACACACGGCGAACGAGGACAUAAUGAAAGAGACGCUGAUAAAACAAGAGAUCAAAAUGGAAUGGGACGGACAUCAUGCGGACGAUAAUUCAUCGCAAGUUCCUAGAACGGAAGAUCAGACUGCGACGGAGAGUCCUCAAAGCGUAAUAACGACGAGGAGACAUGUGAGAACGAUUACGACUACUGGUCAUAUAACGGAGGGAAUCGCCGAAGUUGAUCCGGAAUCGCCAGAUUCCAAUUCGGUUACCGGAAGUCUUCAUCAGGGGUUUCAACAGAGAAACGAGCAACACGAGCAAGCUCAACAGCGUAAUUUCCAAGAAGAACAGCAACGAACUCAUCAAGCACAGCAGCAUUACGUGCAGAUUUCCCAUACGGGCAAUGAGGAUCAGCAUCGUUCGACUGAUCAGCAACGCGUCGUUUAUACCACCGGACAGGAAGUUCAAGUUGAAGUCUCCGAUAGCUCCGAGGCUACCAUCACACUUACGGUUAAGGAACCACCCAGAUAUGAGACUGCCACCUCAGACAGAAUGGACGUGGACCGGAUAUACGCUUAUUCCGACGGUCACGAAGUCCGAAGAGAGAACCAUGUGAUUACCGUACAAGUACCCGAUCAUCGACGAACUCAGACCGGACACCAAAGAUUUAGUCCUCACGAGAAUCAUCAAGUGUCCGGGACGAACGCUGGUACCAGAUAUCAGACGUCGCCAGUUCUGACCACGGCGGAGGACUACGACACCUCGAUCGUCACGCAGUCAGGAUCUGCGGUCCACCUCGAAUCACACGCGCAGGCAUACUCGCCGCCAAUCGAUAGUAUACGAGUUGGUCAGCAGCAACAACUCUUAGCAACAAGUUAUACCGACGCCAGCAGUGUCGUCAAAUAUGACGUCGAGACCACGGCUGCCGCGGAUACCAUCAAGCCUCACAAUACGUACACCACGCUGGAAACGGUCGCUAUUCCACCAACGCAGCCCCAAUACACACAGUAUUUAUCAGCCGGCGAAACUUUUCACCAGGCACCAACAUAUCGAUACACCAAGCCGGGAGAUUCCGUCAUCUUGGCGUAUUCGGCAGCGCCGCAACUUGGCUCGAGAGUUACCGAGAUAGAAUCACCAGGCAGCGCUUACAUGAAGGGUGACCCCACGUUAGCGUCAUCGUUGGCCGCCACCCGAGCGGUUCCAUUGCACUUCGAGCAACCUGGCUCACCAAGUUCUCAAGUGACACUGUACACGGAAGCGACGUCGUAUCCAUAUGUGAAGCCCUCCUCGGCUGAUUCUUACUGGCCUAGCGGCAGCGCUUCCCUACCUUCGACUUUAGAGUACGUACAGGGUCACCCGGGCAUCACCGCGAUCUCUGUCAGCGACGCUGCGAACGUGCAGCUCUUUUCCAACUGUAGCGGUGGAUACAGCGUUUCCGCGGGCGGGGGUGGACCACCUCCUGGAUGGGCUACUCUUCCGCUUUCCGAUCCGGACGAAGGAUUCGACGGAAACGUUAUAACGACGGAGGCCAAAGAAUGUGUUAAUUGUGCAGCCAAUAUGACGCCGUUAUGGAGAAGGGAUGGCACUGGUCACUAUCUGUGCAACGCCUGUGGCCUCUACAAUAAGAUGAAUGGCGUCAACAGGCCACCUAUGCGAUGCCCCAAACCGAAGCAGUCGGUUGCACCGGUAAACAUUCCUAACGCACGGAGAUCAGGAGUACAAUGUGCAAAUUGUAGGACAACGAACACAACCCUUUGGAGACGAAACAACGGUGGUGAGCCAGUCUGCAAUGCGUGCGGCCUUUAUUUCAAACUGCAUAACGUGAAUAGGCCUUUAAGCAUGAAGAAGGAAGGAAUACAAACACGAAAGAGGAAACCGAAGAAUCAUUCGGGUAUCACGGGAAAUUUACCCGGUCCUAGUGGUAUCCACAAGACCGAUAUAAAAUCCAAUCUACUUGUGGACUCGUUGCAGUUGAACAUGUACGCAAGCGGGGGUGGGGGUAAUGGAGGAGCCGAAGAGCAUUGUCUUCCAGUAAGUACACCAACUGGGAUACAAUUAGGGCAUGCGCACUCCCCACUUGCAUUACCUACCGCCGCCGUGUUGAAUCGCCAAACCACCCUUACUGUGCCACCACUAGAACCAAUCACUAGUCAAUCCAGCAGCGACAUCGCCUCGGUUAUAACAUCAACUACAGCUGCCCAUACUGAGAAAUCGUGAAUAUCUUUCUGUUCUGUAGAAACUUGCCGACUGUAGCUACAAUAGGGUCGUGUUAUCGGCUUUAUUAUUCCCAGGUAGCCAAAUCUAUCAGAACAAAUUUCGUCAAAUGCCCACUAUAAAUUUUGAAGGCAGAAAGACUGCAGAUUACAUACAGAAAAUGACAUAGUCGACAUGUUGCCAGCGUGUCAGCAGAAAUACAACAAAAUCUGCUUACAUAACUGGACCUGUUCCAUUUCUGUCGAUAAUCUGUUGAUAGCGUAUGUUUUAUAGACUCUAUUCCCAAAACAAAAGCGUAAUGCGGACACAGAUGGCUAUGAUUUUGGCGUGGGUUUCUAAUGAAUCUGCUGCCAAUCUGAUGCCAAUCUACCAACAUUUUACCAAUUGGGUUAGUUUCAACAACGAAAUACGUUAAUCAUCGUUGAUAAAACAAACGUAUUAUAUGCAAAUAGAUAGAAUCCUGUAUAAAAAAGAAAUAGCAUGUAUAUUAUAAAUGUUUAUUUACUUGGAUAUUUAGUGCUGAGGAAAGCAUAUAAUCUUCAUUAAUCUGAUAUGAAAAAUGAAGUUUAGUGCUAAACGUUUUACAUCAA